UUGACGGUUGUAUCGUUGAGUUAGCUAACGUGUAGGUGAUUCUUUUUGACGGUUCUUUUUUGUCGAAAACGGCCGUUUCUCCUCGCGUUGUGUUCACGGUACCGCCGGAGACUUGAGCUCUCUUUGCGUUGUAUUUGCGUUCCUCAAGUAAACAGCGGCAGUAUUCAGUGUUUUCUCGAGUACAUGCCGUCCUCUCCUUCCAUCCACCCAUCCAUCAGCCAGUCAGUCAUUUCUGCAGCCAUCCAGCCUCUGAGGUUGCCCGUGAGGCAGGUCAUCUUAUUGGACUCACUCGUAUGUGUGUGUGCGUGUGUUCGUGUGUGUCACCGGUGAAUCAUUGAUGGGAUACGAGCGGAGUGGUGUUUAAAAAAAGAAAAACAGAAAGGGGCUUAAUGUCACCAUAAGGUAAUAAAAAUGAGAGCAGUGGGCGAGGCAGAAGGAAAACACGAGCUGAGGUUGGGAGUCACAGCUAGGAUUUGUGACGUGGUUUUUACAGUAUCUGGGCUGGAAAAUGAGCGGCGAGCAGUAAAAAGCAUCCAGGCUCGAUCCGAACCACGGAUCGUGUUCAGGGACGUCUGGCUGCCAUCCAGGGAGAGAUAAGUGGGCUCGGAUACAUGUGUGCUUCUUUCUGCUCUUUUGACGAGGACGUGAGGAGGUAGCCAGGACGUGUCAUCCUCCAGAGACUCAGUUGUGAAUGGACUUAAAGGCUUGAACGCGUCUGAAUGAAUGAGCAGUUGGCUUUGAGGCUUCAUGAAGGAAACUUUAGUGUUCAUUUAAGGGAUUUUUGUCAUCAAUGACACUUCAGUUUGCCCUCUGGAAUAUUCAAUCUGAAGCUCUGUUUUGGGAUUUAUUUUAUUAUUUUGGUCGAGGCUUGACUGCAGUAACAUGGCACUUUAUGUAGAAGGUCUGAGCAAAGGAGUGGCCAAAGGAGGGAUGGCUCAGUUCCAGGAAAUGAUGCGGCAGCAGCUGGAGAGCUCCAUGCACACAGAGCUGGAGAAACUUCUGGGCACCUCCACAGGCGCUGAGAAAGAGGUCUCCAGGAAAGACUUUGAGGGCUUCACAAAUCUUUUCCACAGAUUUCUGCAGGUGAAGGGUCCGUCGGUGGAGUGGGUCAAGAUACAAAGACCUCCAGAGGACUCGAUCCAGCCCUAUGAUAAGAUCGCUGCUCGAGGCCUGCCGGACAGCGUGGCCGACUGCCUGAACAAACUGGUGGUGGUGAAGCUGAACGGAGGCCUGGGCACCAGCAUGGGGUGUAAAGGCCCAAAGAGUUUGAUCAGCGUCCGCAACGAGAACACCUUCCUGGACCUCACUGUGCAGCAGAUCGAGCACCUUAACAAGACUUACAACACAGACGUGCCCCUGGUGCUCAUGAACUCCUUCAACACGGACGAAGACACGAAGAAGAUCCUGCAGAAAUAUACACACCACCGCGUCAAGAUACACACCUUCAACCAGAGCAGGUACCCUCGUAUCAACAAAGAGUCCCUCCUCCCCGUGUCCACACACCUCAGCAUGAACGGUCAAAGUGCAGAAGGCUGGUACCCUCCUGGACACGGGGACAUUUACGCCAGCUUCUACAACUCGGGCCUGUUGGACCAGCUGAUCGAGCAGGGCAAGGAGUACAUCUUCGUGUCCAACAUCGACAACCUGGGAGCCACCGUCGACCUCCACAUCCUGCACCACCUGGUCAGCCAGCCCAACGGCAAGCGGUGCGAGUUCAUCAUGGAGGUGACGGAUAAGACGCGCGCAGACGUCAAGGGUGGCACGUUGAUCCAGUACGACGGGAAACUGCGUCUCCUGGAGAUCGCCCAGGUCCCCAAGGACCACGUAGACGAGUUCAAAUCAGUUUCAAAGUUCAAGAUCUUCAACACCAACAACCUCUGGAUCUCUCUGGCUGCCAUCAAGAGGCUGCAGGAGCAGAAGGCAAUGGACCUGGAGAUCAUAGUCAACCCCAAGACGCUUGACGGCGGUCAGAACGUCAUCCAGCUGGAGACGGCGGUCGGCGCCGCCAUCAAAUGCUUCGACAACGCUCUGGGCAUCAACGUGCCUCGGAGCCGCUUCCUGCCAGUAAAGACCACGUCGGACCUGCUGCUGGUCAUGUCCAACCUGUACAGCCUGGACGCCGGCUCGCUCACCAUGAGCCCCAAGAGAGAGUUCCCGACAACGCCGCACGUCAAACUGGGCAGCUCCUUCACCAAGGUUCAGGAGUACUUGAUCCGCUUCGAGAGCAUCCCCGACAUGCUGGAGCUCGACCACCUCACAGUGUCUGGAGACGUCACCUUUGGGAAGAACGUUUCACUGAAGGGCACCGUCAUCAUCAUCGCCAACCACGGAGACCGGAUUGAUAUUCCAGCCGGCUCCAUGCUGGAGAACAAAAUCGUAUCUGGCAACCUCCGCAUCAUGGACCACUAGCGCCUUGUUUUUUCAAUACACACACACACACACACACACACACACACACUCCCUCAUCAUGUGACCCAGUUGGCUUUAUCCCAGUCAUGUGACCUGUUUGUCAUGUUUACCCGACACCAACAGAUUGUGGAGGGAAGUUGCCUGGAGGCUGUGUGUGAUUGCAUGUGCAGUGCUCCUCUGCAGCCCAUGGUUGGGAUUUACUGCCCUCUACAGGCCUUUUAUGGUAUGAUAUAAACAUUUAAUAGUAUUAAUAAGGAGCUCCUUAUAUGACCUGUAGUCAUGUUAGAGAGACAAAGACAAAUCAGAUUUUAUUUUUAUUCUUUUAUUAACUGUAGUGAGUUUGACUGUUCGUAGGCCAGAAAAUUAAACCUGCCAAAGUAAUCUUAAAUGAACAGAGGAUGAUAUUAACGGGGAAACUAACAGGACAUUAGAUUGAUUUUGUCCUCACUGUGCUCUUACGGCACUGCUAAUGCAAUCACAUGGUGCACUUACAUAGAGAGGAGAGGUCACGCUGUCUGAAGUUAUGGAAGAGUUUAAAACUAUUUAUUUCAAGCACACCUCAGUGUGGUUCCACACAUCUGCUGAGACAGGAUGUGAUCAUGGACGCAGGAAGUCUGUUGGGGACUCGAUCUGUGUAAUGAUGUCAUUGAAACUGGUGCACGAUGUUAAUUUGAAUAAGCAAAUUAUCAAACACAAACACAGUACCGCAAGAAGAUGAAGAGGGAGAGAAACUCCCCAGACUCCAUUAUAAAAUCGCUCAGUUUUAUUCGGCGUUACGUUUGGAAAGACUGCAGAAACUUUGUGAACUGCUGCCUGCGACAAAUUCUUAAUUAUUUGUGCCUUCUUGUUAAUUCGGCAUAUAUCAUCCAUUAAGAUUGUCUUUCUUUGUGUAUGAAAGAGAGUGUACAUUUGUUCCAGUGAUGUGCAUGUUUAAUCAUAUAGAGCAGGGAAAGUGAAACGUGCUUGAGACACUAACAAUCCUCAAAAAUUGCACCGUUUUAAUGAAUUAGUCUUGUAGUGCCCUCUUCUCCUGUCAAGCUCAACAGCAACCAGCUGGAGAAUUGAUGCCAGAAGUGGAUGGAAAAAAGUGAUACAGCAAGUUUUCUUUGUAAAACUUGACUGGCGUCUGUCUGCUAGGCUGAAAUACGCUGUAAAGUGAAAAGUGCUGAGAAAUAAAUUGUGAACUGUCUUCCAGAGCCUUGACACCGUGACUUCCACACAGUAGAUGGUAGGUUUAUUAACACCUCCAGUGUCCAGGCGGAAGGAGUUUGUGCCCUGGAGGAGAAACUAAUCCAGCUGAAGCCUGAACCGCCUCCGUCUGUGUCUCUGCCUGUUCGGUGCCCUUAUUUCAUGACAUUCCUGGAUAAAUGAUUAAUAUCCAGGCACGAUCACGUCAUGAAAUUGUAUGUAACAAUUUAAAUGAUAUCAUUUUAAAGUAAAGGCCUUUAUUUGUCAUGUAGAAGAUGAAAAUAUCAACAACAACAUGGUGCAUUGUUGUUUUUUUUUAGUUUUUAUGCAGUUUGUUUUCUCAUAUUUUGACCUUAAUGUAAACGUGUGAACCUUCCUGCCUCAAAUCAUCCAGUCUGUCCCGUCGCCUCUGUCCAUCCCUUCAUUCAGCAUUAUGUCCUCUCACGCAGCCGGACAGGAGGUGCAACACACACACAUACACACACACUCCCAUUCAGACGUUUUUAAAAACAUGUUCACCGAGUUUCAGUGUGAGAAUACUUGAGAUGGGUCCGACUCGUGCGGACCGGAAGCCCCGAAAGCAAUAAGUGUUGAUCUGUGACGGCGACGAGGUCUCAGCCCAGCCCAGCUCUGCCUCCUCAGAGCUGAAUAAAGUGCAAUAUGAUACCAUGA